GAUGCUUCAUUCGUUUCCCUCUUUUCCAGGUGGUUCCGCAAUCAAACAAACCCGAGCUCCGCUCUGGUGAAGGCGGUGGCCCAUUGGGGACCACAUGUGAACGCCGUCUGCGUUAUUGUGGUGCCAAUUAUUCUCGUCGUUAUCUCCAAUACGAUGCUCAUCUACACAAUCAGGCAGAGGCAGAAACAGUUCAACACUCAAGCGUCUUACAAAUCCGAAUCACAAAUGUCCGGGUCGCAAUCACGUACCGAGCAAAAAGUUACCAGCACCGUUUGUGCCAUAGUUACGUGCUUCACCAUUACCCAGGGCCCAUCAGCUUUCAUCAACAUCAUGGCAGAGUAUUAUCCGAUCCAUAGUGACUUUAUGAUUGCUGUGGCGGCAGUGAUUUCUACAAUGGUGGUUUUGGGUAAAGCCGCUGACUUCGUCGUUCUGGUCUUUCAAGUCGGCAGAAUUUCCCGAAGUCGCUUCUGGCCCGCAUAA